UGUGGGUUCGUGUGGUCAGCGGAUGAAACUGAAACUUGAUCGGUUUAAACAUAAUUAAUUUUGGUAUUGCUCCGAAUUUUAGUUAAUAAUUACUUCUUAAGACCUAGGCUAUAACAUCACAAGCAAUAAAAUGGAUAGUAAUUUAACUGGAUUGUGGGUGAGCUUUUUCACAGCAGCUGGUAUUCCUUCUGAUGUAGCUGCCACAUAUGCACUUACAUUCACAGAAAACCGCAUUCAAAAUGAUAUGCUUUUAGACCUUAACAAAGAAUACUUGAGAGAUAUGGGCAUCACUAGGAUGGGUGAUGUUAUCGCUAUUUUAAGGCAUGCCAAAUUAGUUCAUGAAAAUACUGCACGGGACAGGGUUCUAAACACUACCUCAACUGCAAAUAAAGUGCCUGUUGCUGCCAUAACAGGACGAUCCACAGUCACCCAACCAUCAUCACCGGCGAGCCGCAUUCUAGAGCACUACACACGCAACUCUUCAAACCAAGAAUCCUCAACAUCAACUUCACAAAAGAGAAAACAUACGGAAACUAGAAUCAAUGAAGAUUCCAGUAUAAAGAAGGCACGUUUGAUCCGUUUUGCAAGUCCAACAAAGCCUUUAGUCAAAGAAGCAGCUUCAUCGACUAAUAAUCACAACAAGCAGACAGUGUUUUCAAGACUUGGAAAUUCCGACGACAUCAAAGUCGCUCAACAGAAACCCACAGAAGCGGCAGCCAAGCCUAUAUACGCCCGUUUGGGUUGCAAACCCGAGAAUGUGGCAAACAAUGCAACAAUACCAAUACAGAAAGAUGCGCUUAAGUAUGAAGGUAUACUGAAGAGUAAGGCCGUUGUUAAGAAAACGGUGACCGUAACCACUACCAAGAACAACGUGCGCAGGAUCGCAGUGGGCACGAUGAGAGCUGACGAAGCACCAGUUAGUGUGAAAGAGAAACUCGCUAUACCUACUAAAGCUAAAUCUGUCAAAUUUGCUAAUCACGUCGAAUACAAAGUGAUAGAGGGCAUUAAAAAACCCCCCUUAGUCCAACCAAAAGUGGUACACAAAUCUACACCAGUCUUCAAUAAACCCGAAAGGAGGCUGUCUAUGCCCGAAGGCACUAACACAGUGAAAGCCAGAUUGGGAGUCCCUAGUCGGAGCGCUAAUAAUUUAACCAUCACAAGGAAUGUGUUUAAUAGGUUAGGUGUUUAGCAUAUAGUGUAGCGUUAUUAGUGUUGCCUUUUUAUACCUACAAGAAGUAGAUGACAUUUUUUCUAAUUUAGGCACCUUUCUCACUCUUGGUCAGGGCUCGUUUCGUUUUUGUUUCUGUACCGAAUCUGUACAGAUACUUUACUAAAUGCAUGUAAUUAAAUGAGAGGUUUCUCACAAAGUCGUUUCGGUACAGAGUCCUUACCGAACGGAUACACAGUUCUUGUGCUACCGAACCAUUGAACUCGCCCGUCCCGUCACUCCCGCAAACAAAACGAAAGGAUACCGCACCGACACUGAGCCGGGCAACAAGUUGUUCUUUAUAAUUUUUAUUUUUUAAGCAUGUAACUGCUUGAUGUUUAAAUCUAAAGAAAAUAUAACUAGAAAAAAAAUCCACGCGGACCAGGCAGCAGACGGGACUCGAACCCCGCACCCUUCGCAAUCCGGGCGAAUGCGCUGAC